GUUCGUCGUGGUGACAAGUUUGACAUCUGACAUUUACGUGACAACACGUCGAAAAUGGCUGACUCGGGGCCAAGUAAAAGCGAUAUUGAAGCUGUUUUUCAAAGAUUACGGGCUAUACAGGCUAAUAAAGUAUGUUUCGACUGCAACGCGAAGAACCCUACGUGGUCGUCGGUGACGUACGGGGUGUUCAUCUGCCUGGACUGCUCCGCCGUGCACCGCAGCCUCGGCGUGCACCUCACGUUCGUGCGCUCCACGCAACUGGACACCAACUGGACAUGGAAGCAGCUGCGGAACAUGCAGCUGGGCGGGAAUGCCAACGCCACUCAGUACUUCCGCUCACACGGUCUGAACACAGAGGACGCGCGGCAGAAGUACAGCUCGCGCGUGGCCGAGAUGUACCGCCAGAAACUCAGCACCAUGUCUGAGCAGGCCAUGAAGACCUACGGGACCAAGCUCCACAUAGACCCCGCCCCGGUAGAGACGAAGGAAACAAAGGAGGUAGAGUCGGAUUGGUUUGCCGAGACCACCGCCACCUCGCUCAGCACUAACUCUAACCUGCAUGCCUCACCGCAGGUGGACAAGCCAGAAGCGCUGAGCUCAGGACAGAGACUCUGGGAGUCACCCGCGCAGUCAACUACCGCACGGAAACCGCAGCCCAAACGCACCACGUUGGGCGCUCGCAAAGGCGGUCUAGGCGCCACUAAGGUCGCCGCAAACUUCGAGGACAUGGAACGCGAAGCCAUGAUGGCUGAGAAACUGAAGGCCGAGGCUGCACAGUCACAGUCGACCGCUGGCAUCGAACAGGUGGAACAGGAAGUGGCAAGUCUGCGGCUGGCUUAUAAUGCUGGAGGCAAGGCGGAGGCUGACAGACUUGGGAUCGCUGCGGCACAUAGAGGGACUUCACACGGUGUAUCACACUCAGCCACGUCGGACAUGACAAUAAUAGAGCAGGAGGGCGCGCCGGCGAACAACUCCCGGUCCACGCUCGACGAUCUCGACGACUUCAACUCUGUCUUCACAAUGAUCAGGAACGAACCAUACAGCACUGGACGGGGCUUGGACUCGAUGCUCGGAGACACGCACAGUCGCGCCAAGCCUCUGUCCACGUCCUGGGAAAAUAUUGAGCCGGAACCUUCGCGCACGGUCCACACCAUGUUUUCUCCCACUGAAGACCGCACGCCCGCGCCGGCGCCCGCUCCUAACCGUUCUCGCGGUGCACGUAAACCCGAGCCAGUUGAAGAUGACUCUGCCGUCAAGAAGUUCGGCUCUGCCAAGGCUAUUAGCUCACAGCAGUUCUUUGGAGAACAGGAUAACCGAUUUGAGCGAGACGCGAACCUCUCUCGCUUCCAAGGCAGCAGUAGCAUCAGCUCCGCAGAGUACUUCGGCCGCCCCGAGCGCGCGCCGCAGCCUUCCUUCGCGGUCUCCGCUCCUCAGCUGGACGAGGUCCGUGAGUCAGUCCGCGCCGGCGUGACCCGCGUGGCGGGUCGUCUCUCCUCGCUCGCCAACGGCGUCGUGUCGUCCAUACAAGAACGCUACGGUUACUGACCCUCCAUACAUUACCCUCCUCUCCCCUAGGGCGUGAGUGAUUAGACUACCUGUCAAAUUCCCUCAGACGAAGGAUACUAUAGACUUGACGCAAGCGUACACCCGUAAGGGACAGAUAUAGAAUAAUGGAGCGAAUUUAAGAAUCACUUUAAAAAUGGCUGACAUUUUACCAUAAACAACCUACGU